GGUGAUUUGUGCAUUUUGCAGCGAUCAAGUAAAGAAUAUAACUUGAACCGGUCUGAUGUUUGUAGACGACCCAUCUCUACUAACCUUGAAGCGGAGACGACUCUCGAUCACCGAUUCCAUGGAAGCUUCUUCAGCUCAGGCUAAAGUUGCUGAUAUGCGAGAAAAGUAUGGGCGAGAGAUUCGUGUUUUCGAGACUUCGAGCAUUUCUCAGAAGCCAAGUCAAGCAUCUGGUGCUGAAGAGGAAUCUGAUGAAUACUACGAGCUCACAGCUGCAGAUUAUUACCGUCUUUUGGCUACUAAGAAAGAAGAUAAAUCCUUGAAGACAAGAAAACUCCGAGAAGCAGAAGAAGCUGCUCGUCGAGCAAAGCUGACUAAGGCUGUAAUCCGGGUUCGUUUCCCCGAUAAUCACACAUUGGAGGCAACAUUUCAUCCCUCAGAAAAGAUCCAAUGCUUGAUUGAUCUUCUCAAAAGAGUAGUUGCCCAUCCAGAUAUUCCUUUCUACGUGUACACAACUCCUCCCAAGAAGCAGAUAAAAGAUUUCUCACAAGACUUCUACUCUGCUGGAUUUGUUCCUGGAGCGAUUGUCUACUUUGCAAACGAUCAACCAAAAGAUGAUGGUGCUAGUACAACUCCUUAUCUGAAUGAAGAGAUGUUAUCACUGAAAGAUGUAGAGGUCAUGACCAAAGCAGAGGAAUCGGUAGAGCCAUCUUCAGAACCAGUCACGGCUGACGCUGGUCUUGUACCGGUUGACCAAGAGCCUAAACCCACGGAGAAAAAGAGCACAAAACCGAAGUGGUUUAAAAUGUGAUUGAACAUCGUUACCCACAGGAGAAAAAGCAUGUAGCCUUUAAAAUGCGACGGUUCCAGACUUAAAGUGUGUCAGUCUCACAGUAAUGUCUUGGCCUAUAUGAAUUUUAUUGUUCCAUCUACACAAUUGAUAUAGCAUUUCUUCUUCUUUU